CAGCUCUCAGUUCCCGAGAGAAGAACCCCAAAGAGCGACUGUCCCCGGCGGCCCUGGCACCUGCGCCCGCCAUGCUGCUGCUGCUGGCCCUGCUCUGGGGGACGGUGGGGGUGGAGGGACAGGGAGGGGACAGGAGAGGUUACAGUCUGCAAGUGCAGAGUGUGGUGACGGUGCAGGAGGGCCUGUGUGUCCGUGUGCCCUGCUCCUUCUCCUACCGCGGGGACAGCCGGACUGACUCUGACCCUGUUCACGGCUACUGGUUCCCGGAAGGGGCUGAUCCACACCGUGGCACUCCAGUGGCCACAAACGACCCAGCUAGGAACGUGCAGGAGGAGACCCAGGGCCGAUUCCUCCUCCUCGGGGAUCCCAGGAGGAACAACUGCUCCCUGAGCAUCAGAGACGCCUCAAGGAGGGACCAGGGGUCAUACUUUUUCCGGGUAGAGAUAGGAGGAAAUGUGAAAUUCAGUUACACGAAUGACAAGCUUUCUGUGCAAGUGACAGCCCUGACCCACACGCCCGACAUCCUCCUCCCGGGGACCCUGGAGUCUGGUCGCCCCAGCACCCUGACCUGCUCUGUGCCCUGGGCCUGUGAGCAGGGGACGCCCCCCAGGAUCUCCUGGGAGGGGGCUUCCGUGGCUCCCCAGGGCCCCACCAUCGGCCACUCCUCGGUGCUCACCCUCGUCCCUCAGCCCCAGGACCACGGCACCAGCCUCACCUGCCAGGUGACCUUGCCUGGGGCCGGUGUGACCACGACGAGGACCGUCCAUCUCAAUGUGUCCUACUCUCCUCAGAACCUGACGGUGACUGUCCUCCAAGGAGACGGCUCAGCACCCACAGCCCUGGAGAACGGCUCAUCUCUGCCAGUGCUGGAGGGCCAGUCCCUGCGUCUGCUCUGUGGUGUCAACAGCAACCCCCCUGCCAGGCUGAGCUGGACCUGGGGGGGCCUGACCCUGUGCCCCUCUCAGCCCUCGAACCCUGGGGAGCUGGAGCUGCCUCGAGUGCACCUCAGGGACGGAGAAGUCACCUGCCGAGCUGAGAACCCUCUGGGCUCCCAGCACAUCUCCCUGAGCCUCUCCCUGCAGCGGAAACCGGGGCCCGUGGCAGAGGUGACUCUGGUGGCCGUCGUGGGAUCUGCUGUGAAGAUCCUGCUUCUCUGCCUCUGCCUCGUCUUCCUCAGGUGA